AUGAUUUGGUUGUUUACUUUAUUAUGCAUCUUUGGGAUUGUACAGGGUUUAGAAGUAAUUCCUGAGAAGCCAGAAGUAGAAUAUAUCAAUCAUAAAUACAUUAAGAACAUGAAGUUCACCAUACAAAGAAAAGGAAGAGGAAGCCCCUAUUAUAUUCAUUUUUACGUCGAAACUUUAUCUGGAUGUGGAAAUAACUUGACGAUAACUAUGAAACUAUAUGAAUAUAUUGGUGGCAAUUAUUUGCCGACAGGAAUACAAGGAGAGUAUAAAAUAUGUGACUUCUUAGAACAUGAACCAUACUUAGGCAAAAUGUUCAAUAUUCAAGUUCAACAACGACUAAAUGCUUCGUGCCCGUUCAAAGCUGGCUCCUAUCAAAUCAAAGAUCUGGUCAUCGACCUAGAGAAUUUUCCGUUCAACAUCCCGUUCACUUGGUCGUCGAUCAGCGUGCGCACGCGCAGUGACGUCACUGGCCAUCUCACAGAGACCAAAGAGCCAGUGUUCAGGUACAACUUCCAGUUCACAAUCACCCAGAAACCGAGAAAUAAAAUAAUUUGA